AUGUUGACGGGUCACCUGGAGGCUGGGGAGGCGGCGGAGCCAAGCCACGCAGAGGGCCGGCGCCUGGGAGCUGGGGCCGACCCCGAGAAGACGGCCACCGCAGCCGGGGUCCCCAGGAAGGACGGCGGGGCCAGGGAGAUGGUGCGAUUACAGCAGCAGAUCAGCAGACUUCAAGAGGAGUUCAGGAGACACGAGUCUCGGUGGGCCGACGCUCACAGCAAACUCCAGAGCCAGAUAGACAUUUUGAUGAAACAGAACCUGGAGCUCCGAGAAGAACUGAGGGCUUCCGAGCUGCAGCGGCUGGAGGCCAGAGAGAAAUCUGCAGCCUUCCUUCCCGCGAGACGAGGAGCAGACACUCUGGUUAUGCUCCAGCCUUCCCGAACUCUGCAAGAACCGAGCGGCAGACCAUUCCCAGCAUUGGCUCCUGAUGUCGCCAUGCUCCAGGAGGACAAGCCAGAUGCCACUGAGAAUGUUGCUACUUUCCUGGUGAGGCUGCCCUGGCUGUCCCUGAAGCCUGUGGUGCUGGCUCACCAAGGCUCCCUGUCUCUCUUCACACGUCCAGUAGUCGAUUGUCGCAGGGAUCAGGAGUUUCUCUUGUCUGUCUCCAUCCUGGACCAGAAGCAGCUUCAGGGCCGGGAGGACGCCUUCUCACCUGUCCCUGUCCUGACCAGCAUAGUGCAGACCGACGAGCUCACCCGUUCUUCCCCAAGUGUUGCAGAGCCACAGACUCCUCCCAGAAAACCAGUAUCUUGUGGAGAAAUAGGACACCACGUGGACACUAAGAUGAAAAAGGAAGAAAUCCGAGAAAACCGACAGCCAGAUGGCAAGAAGGAGGAGCAGGAACUUAGCGACGGCUGUCAGAUCAUCGCCUUUCCCGACGGCACUGAGGAGACACGUGCUGAUAAGAAGACGACCGUCAUCAGGUUUUUUAAUGGUGACGUGAAGAAGAUCAAGCCAGAUCAGAGAGUGGUUUAUUACUCUGCGACGGCUCAGACAACACACACGACCUAUCCCAGUGGUUUGGUGGUCGUGCAGUUUCCCAACAAGCAGACAGAAAAAUUCCACCCUGAUGGCUCCAAAGAAAUCGUGUUUCCAGAUGGAACCGUGAAGCGUCUGCAGGGGGGACGUGAGGAGACCUUAUUUCCCGAUGGGACGACUGUGAGAGUGAACAGGAAUGGUGACAAAACCAUCCUGCUCAGCAAUGGGCAGAAGGAAAUCCACACGGCCCAGUUCAAGAGGAGGGAGCACCCGGAUGGCACCGUCAAGACCGUGUACUGCAGUGGCUGUCAGGAAAUCAAGGACGCCUCUGGGCGGGUGCGGAUCAGAGACGGGAUGGGAAAUGUCAUCCUGGACAGGAAGUAG